AUGCCUGAGUCUCCUCUCAGUCCCACGGCAGCCCGUCAAACCCCAGCCAGCAGCUUCCUCAGUCACACAGAUAACGGCACUGGAGAGAGACUAGCUAAUGGGGACUCCUGCAGUGGAGUGAGCGCCGAAAACUGGCAGAGUCUCCAGCAUAAACAGCACGUCUUCCGGGCUAUGAUGGCUCCCCAGCAGAUGCAGCAGCUUCUGUCCCCCAGCCAGCUGCAGGCUCUGAUCCACCAGAAGCAACAAGCCCUUCUGCUCCAGCAGCAACAUCUGAAAGAGUUUUACAAGAAGCAGCAACAGCAGCUCCACCUCCACCUGCUUCAGCAGCAUCCUGACAAGAAAGUCAAAGAGCUCCUGCAGCUCCAGCAGCAGCAGCAGCUCCUCGGGGUGCAGAGACCGGUCCUGUCCUCUCGUAGCCUCUCUCCAGGUCGCCGCUCCAUCAUUUCAUCUCCACAUCAGCGCUUCCUUUUCCUCUUACUGUGCAGGCAGCAGCAGCCGAAAGCAGGGGUUCUCAAAUUUGUUCCUGGCUUCAGCCAUGCGGAGCUGCAGCAGAUAUGGAGAGAGCUGACAAGUGGAAUAACAGAGGAUAAAAACACAAAGAAGGACAACCUGGACUCUGCCAGUACCAACAUAACCCCGGCCAAAACCACAGGGAGACAAACCAAUGACCAAAAGCCUCCCUCUCCUCACAAAGAAGAAUGUGCCGUUAAAGCUGAUCGUGCAGCCACACACGCUCUCUAUGGUCACGGUGUGUGUAAUUGGCCCGGAUGUGAGUCUGUCUGCGAAAACUUCAGCCAGUUUAUCAAGCACAUUGGUAGUGAACACACUCUGGAUGACAGGAGCACCGCGCAAUGCAGAGUUCAAAUGCAGGUGGUCCAGCAGCUAGACCUUCAGCUCUCGAAAGAACGAGAGCGUCUGCAAGCGAUGAUGGCUCACCUGCAUUUGCCACCUCUAGAAGCUCAGACGCUCUCCGCACCCGUGCUGAGCUCUUCCUUUCCUCACGGUGCCCAGCUGUUGGUACCAGAUGGCUGCCAGUGUGUCUCAGACAACAGACAUGCUGCGCUCGACUCGGCGCAGAGUCUGUCCGUCUCCAAGAGCCUGCCUUCGGUGAGCCCCCCUGACUUAGCGCCCCCACCUCUGGCCCCUGCCAGCCCCCCAUCUCAGGGGUUUGGAGGAGCCUCACCCGGUCAUACUUCAUGCUCUGGGGCCAUAAGACGACGUCAUCACGCCCCAGUAAACUCACUGUCCCCAGAAAAUGAAUAUGAGCUCUACAAGAACACUGACAUCAGACCACCUUUCACCUAUGCAACACUUAUAAGACAGGCUAUAAUGGAAGCGGCGGACAUGCAGUUAACCCUCAACGAGAUAUACAGCUGGUUCACACGGACAUUUGCUUAUUUCAGGCGUAACGCUGCAACUUGGAAGAACGCAGUGCGCCACAACCUGAGCCUGCACAAGUGUUUUGUGCGUGUGGAGAAUGUGAAGGGCGCCGUGUGGACAGUGGAUGAGGUGGAAUACCAGAGGAGGCGGUCCCAGAAGAUCACAGGAGGUCCCUCUUUGAUGAAAAACAUGUCCUCUAGCCUCGCUUUUGGGAGCAUUCUGAAUGCUAGUUUACAGACGGCGCUGGCUGAAGCAUCUCUACCAGGAUUCAAGAAGGAGUGUGGAAGCCGAAACUUCCUGAGUCAAAUACAGGAGAACAGGUCACCUGACUUGGACAGCGGCAGCCACAUGAACGCAGACUCCUCUCCACGAGGCCACCAGUUGCUGUUUCUCAAAGAGGAAGCGCUGAAUUUAGAGGACCAAGAGCCUCAGAUUUGUACCAUAAAACCACCCAGUCUGCAGCAGGACAUGACUGAAGCCGCCGAACAGCAGCUGUUUGACCUUGAGGGACCCCUGACACUGGUGGGGUCUUAG